UAUCACGUGACAGGGGCGGCGCGGCCCGGGGUGUCAGUGUGGAGGAGACUGAGCAUUCUACCUUGUAAAUACUGUUAUUUGUAUAUACUGUAAAUGAUGACAUCAGUGGGCACUAACCGAGCCCGGGGAAACUGGGAGCAGACACAGACACAGAACCAGACACAGCACAAGCAGAGGCCACAGGCUACUGCAGAACAGAUAAGACUUGCACAGAUGAUAUCGGACCACAAUGAUGCUGACUUUGAGGAGAAGGUGAAGCAACUGAUUGAUAUCACAGGCAAGAACCAGGAUGAAUGUGUGAUUGCAUUGCAUGACUGCAAUGGAGAUGUCAAUAGAGCUAUCAAUGUGCUGCUGGAGGGGAACCCGGAUACGCAUUCCCCGGAAAAGGGUGGGGAAAAGAAGGGAGUCUCCGGACAGAAGGAUGGCGGACAGAUGGAAUCCAAUGAGGAAGGCAAAGAGAAUCGAGACCGAGAUAGGGAUUAUAGCAGGCGACGUGGUGGACCACCAAGGCGGGGAAGAGGCGCCAGUCGUGGACGAGAGUUUCGAGGUCAGGAAAAUGGACUGGAUGGUGCUAAGACUGGAGGCCCAUCUGGAAGAGGCACAGAAAGAGGCCGAAGGGGCCGUGGACGAGGCAGAGGUGGCUCUGGUAGGAGGGGAGGACGAUUUUCUGCCCAAGGCAUGGGAACCUUUAACCCAGCUGAUUAUGCAGAACCAACCAACACCGAUGAAAACUAUGGCAAUAAUAGUGGCAAUACGUGGAACAAUACUGGCAGUUUUGAGCCAGAUGAUGGGACGAGUGCAUGGAGGACUGCAACAGAGGAAUGGGGUACAGAAGAUUGGAAUGAAGAUCUUUCUGAGACCAAGAUCUUCACUGCCUCUAAUGUGUCUUCAGUGCCCCUGCCUGCAGAAAAUGUGACAAUCACUGCUGGUCAGAGGAUCGACCUUGCUGUGUUACUAGGGAAGACACCUUCUUCAAUGGAGAAUGAGUCAACCAAUAUGGAUCCAUCUCAGGCUCCUUCCCUGGCCCAGCCUUUGGUGUUCAGUAACUCAAAGCAGAGCACCAUAUCGCAGCCUGCAUCAGGAAGCACCUUCUCCCAUCACAGCAUGGUGAGCAUGCUAGGAAAGGGGUUUGGUGAUGUCGGCGAAGCUAAAGGUGGUAGCACCACAGGCUCCCAAUUCUUGGAGCAGUUCAAGACAGCCCAGGCUUUGGCCCAGUUGGCAGCUCAGCACUCUCAGUCGGGUGGGAGCACCACCACUUCCUCUUGGGACAUGGGCUCUACAACACAAUCCCCAUCGCUGGUGCAGUAUGAUUUGAAGAACCCAACAGAUUCAGCAGUCCACAGCCCAUUCACAAAACGCCAGGCCUUCACCCCAUCUUCAGCCAUGAUGGAGGUGUUCCUGCAGGAAAAGCCACCUGCAGUGACCACCUCUACAACUGCACCUCCGGCCCCUUCCUCUCCAUUGCCGAGCAAGUCCACCUCAGCUCCACAGAUGUCCCCGGGAUCUUCAGACAACCAGUCCUCCAGCCCCCAGCCGGCUCAGCAGAAACUGAAGCAGCAAAAGAAAAAGGCCUCCUUGACUUCGAAGAUUCCUGCUCUGGCAGUGGAGAUGCCUGGCUCAGCGGAUAUCUCAGGGCUAAACCUGCAGUUUGGGGCAUUACAGUUUGGGUCAGAGCCUGUCCUCUCAGAGUAUGAGUCCACUCCUACCACGAGCGCCUCGUCAAGUCAGACUCCAAGCAGUCUCUAUACGAGCACUGCAAGUGAGUCUUCAUCCACAAUUUCAUCCAACCAGAGUCAGGAGUCUGGCUACCAGAGCGGCCCAAUUCAGUCGACAACCUAUACCUCCCAAAACAGUGCUCAGGGCCCGCUCUAUGAACAGAGAUCCACACAGACUCGGCGGUACCCCAACUCCAUCUCCUCGUCUCCCCAGAAGGACCUGACUCAGGCAAAGAAUGGCUUCAGCUCCGUGCAGGCCACACAGUUACAGAACACACAAUCUGUUGAAGGUGCUACUGGCCCUGCGGUGAAAUCUGACUCACCCUCUGCUCCCAGCAUCCCCCCUCUCAAUGACACGGUAUCUGCAGCUUCCUUGCUGACCACAGCCAAUCAGCAUUCAUCUGCAUUGGGUGGCUUGAGCCACAGUGAGGAGCUUCCAAAUACUACCACCACCCAACACAGCAGCACAUUAUCUACACAACAGAAUACACUUUCGUCAUCAUCAUCUUCUGGGCGCACUUCAACAUCAACUCUUUUGCACACAAGUGUUGAAAGUGAGGCGAGCCUUCAUUCUUCCUCCAGCACUUUCUCUACUGCAUCCAGCACAGUCUCGGCGCCUCCUCCUGUGGUCAGCGUCUCAUCCAGCCUAAACAGUGGCAGUAGUCUAGGCCUCAGCCUGGGCAGUAACUCUACCGUCACCGCCUCAACCAGAAGCUCAGUCGCCACAACUUCAGGUAAAGCUCCCCCCAACCUUCCUCCUGGGGUCCCACCGUUGUUGCCUAAUCCAUAUAUCAUGGCUCCAGGGCUGUUACAUGCCUACCCGCCACAAGUGUAUGGUUAUGACGACUUGCAGAUGCUUCAGACAAGAUUCCCCUUGGAUUACUACAGCAUCCCGUUCCCUACACCUACCACUCCGUUGACCGGGAGGGAUGGUAGCCUGGCCAGCAAUCCUUACUCUGGUGACCUCUCAAAAUUCGGCCGUGGAGAUGCCUCGUCCCCAGCCCCAGCCACAACCCUGGCACAGCCCCAGCAGAAUCAGACGCAGACUCACCACACCACACAGCAGACAUUCCUGAACCCGGCGCUGCCUCCUGGCUACAGUUACACCAGCCUGCCGUACUACACAGGGGUCCCGGGCCUCCCCAGCACCUUCCAGUAUGGGCCUGCUGUAUUCCCUGUCGCUCCUACCUCUUCCAAGCAGCAUGGUGUGAAUGUCAGUGUGAACGCAUCGGCCACCCCUUUCCAACAGCCAAGUGGGUAUGGAUCUCAUGGAUAUAACACUGGUGUAUCAGUCACCUCCAGUAAUACAGGCGUGCCAGAUAUUUCGGGUUCUGUGUACUCCAAAACUCAGCAGUCCUUUGAGAAACAAGGUUUUCAUUCUGGAACUCCUGCUGCCUCCUUCAACUUGCCUUCAGCCCUGGGGAGUGGAGGGCCUAUCAAUCCGGCCACAGCUGCUGCCUAUCCGCCAGCCCCUUUUAUGCACAUCCUGACCCCCCAUCAGCAGCCACACUCCCAGAUCCUCCAUCACCACCUGCAGCAGGAUGGCCAGACGGGCAGCGGGCAACGUAGCCAGACCAGCUCCAUCCCGCAGAAGCCCCAGAGCAGCAAGUCUGCCUACAACAGCUACAGCUGGGGGGCCAACUGAGGCCCUGGCCCUCUUCACCUCCUUGGCCCCCCUACCUGCCGAGAGGGCCUCUCAGCCUGGCACCUAAGGAAACAGCUACAACACAAAAGCACGUGGAGCGGAGGGUCCUGCUGCGCCCC